GGGUGGGAGACGGGGAGGUGCGCCGGGCUGCGCGGUGGGCUGCGCUGGAAGGCCUGCGCUGCAACAGGUGCCCUGGAGUAACGCUCCCUCUUGGAGGCAAGCGCCCUCAGCUGCUAAGGCCAAUCUUGCUCUGCUUUUCCUGAUACCUCAAAGAUAGAAUACUAUCUGAAUGCCGGUUAGGCUGGUUGCCUUGUGAAGAUCUCAUGUAGCCUCAUCCUUAUACCUAGGGGACUUAAGAAGGACAAAAUUAAGCUGUUUUAACACCAAAACUGAUCUCGCCCCUUCCCAGAGUGGCGCUUCAAAAUGCUAAAGGGAGCUCAGCAGUUCGUUGGCAAGUCCCUCCAACCAGCACUACCUGUGUCCCAUUUGUCUUCUAAACAAGCAGCAUCAGAAGUUGCUUUCAACUUUCAGACUGAAUUACCUAGCAAUGCUCAAGUAUGUUUGCAGAGUAAGGUUGACUGGUUAUCUGAAGUGACUGAAAUGAAGAUCUUAACUCAAAACACAGUGCCUCUUCAACCCAAACAGGAAUUGGAUGCGAAAAAAGAAAGGAUCAAAUACAGCAGAGAUUUCCUCUUGGAGCUUUCAAGCGUUUCUCUCUCUCAAAAGAAGCCAGAGUUUCUGCCUGACCAUCCAAUUGUACUUGAAAAACCAGAAAACAGCAACCCUUUUGUUGACAUCUGCAAGAAGUGACAGGUAGCUUGGAAGAUGAGAAAUCCAUCAGUGAAGGAGCUAUGUAUAAUGUAGACCUUCAAGAUUUCUAAAGGUACUUGGGUGCCUACAUAUGAACACAGGAGCUUACAAAGUCUAUAGAAAUACCAAUUUCUAUCUGUAAUUUCCUGAAUGCUUCAGAAGGCAAACUACUUUGUAGUACCUGAGAUGGUAGUACAAUUGCAGUGAAAAUAAAUCAUUUUACAGUUUGGUGUGACUGA